AUGCCAUGUUUCGACGCUGUUGACUUUGUGAUCAACUGGUUCAGCCAUAGUUCGGCGGAGUUCUGGAUUUUCACGGAGACGGCAGGUCUUAGAAGUUCGAGGAAGUCUGCCAUGAGAAGGGGUACCGAUACCGAUUCGAGCCUGCAAUGCAACGGCCUGAGGAAUGCAAGGGUUCGCUGGGCAACGCUCACAUCAGAAACCCCCUCUCGCAUGGAUCUCUCUAAUCUGAGCUUCAUUCACAUCGUCGUUUCUUAUCACAAGAUGACUCGUCCCCACGUCCGCUACCCCCCUGCCCCCAACUGUUUGUCUGCUGGUUUUCCAGUAGCCCUCUCUGCGGUGUGGGAUGGCUUCAUACAAGUAUUCGCGUUCGUCGACGUCCGUAUGUCUUGGCAAUCUGGAUUAUACGAGUGGGCUCAUGUUGUGUUCUAG